UUUCUAUGAGUCUUCUUUAAAAAAAAAGUGGGAGGAUUUCUUCCUAAUUAGAUUUAUUUAGUCGUUUCCUGCCCUAUUUUGUCGAGCCAGAUUACCUAGUAACAUACAGUGCAACCUUUUACUGCCCAGUAAUGACAGUGUCACAAAUAUUGUCCAUUUUCCUAUGUUGCUGUUCUCUCUUUUGUCCUUGUCUAACAUGCGACGAGAAUUCAAAAUUUUCUUUCAAUAGCCAAAUUUCAGAAUUAAAUGAAACAGUUCCUAAGCAUAUUCUUGUGUCGGAUGUGUGGCCUUUCUCAGGAUGAUGAGGGUUCUUUUUUAGAAACUGCCAGUCCGUUUAGUUUGAAUGUUAGGAAUGAAACGAUUGUGUUGGAGAAAAAUGCAACAAAGGUUGUGACAACUGUUUCAGUGCAAAAAUUGAGAAAUCCAGCUGGCAAUGUGUUUGAUGUAGUAACUUUGAGAAAAUCUUCUUGCAAAGGAGUGGGCAAGUGGGUGUCAGAUUCUACGUGGUUUCCUGGAUUCAGCUGGAAACCUUGCAUCUGUAGUCAGUGUGGACGUCAUUUGGGUUGGAUGUUUGAAGCCGAAUCAUCAGCUAAAGGAUCUUUACCUAGCAAACCUUCGCAAGCUGGUUUUUACGCGUUGAUUCGGGACGCAAUCCUAACGGAGUCUGUCGCACAGACUUUGACGUACGUGCCAAAAAUCUUUCGGAAAUAGUUAAAUAUGGAGUUGACGGAUCAGCAAAAAAGUUUCCUGUCAGAAUGCGAGAACGAGUUUAGCGAGCGCUACACA